GCGACCAGGAAGGAAGCACAUAACGGAGAGAGGUGCAAAGGUCACCAUUUUCCUCCCACGGAGGUUUUCGCCGGCCGGCCCGCUUUGCAGAUUUCCGUUUGAGAAGUUUAAUCUGAACAGUGCUUCGAUUUGCUGACGAGAAGGAUGGCUGAUCCUUGGCAAGAAUGCAUGGAUUAUGCAGUUAUUUUAGCAAGAAAAGCUGGAGAGGUGGUCCGGGAAGCACUAACAAAGGACAUAGCUAUCAUGAUUAAAAGCUCUCCAGCAGAUCUAGUGACUGUCACUGAUCAAAAAGUAGAAAAUAUGCUUAUUUCUUCUAUAAAGGAAAAAUACCCAUCUCACAGUUUUAUUGGAGAAGAAUCUGUUGCUGCUGGUGCAAAAAGUACCUUGACAGAUAAUCCCACUUGGAUUAUUGACCCUAUUGAUGGAACUACUAACUUUGUUCACAGGUUUCCCUUUGUGGCUGUUUCAAUUGGCUUUGUUGUAAAGAAACAGAUGGAAUUUGGAGUUGUAUACAGCUGUGUAGAAGACAAAAUGUACACUGGCAGGAAAGGAAAAGGAGCAUUUUGCAAUGGACAAAAGCUCCAAGUAUCAAAGCAACAAGAUAUUACAAAAGCACUCUUAGUGACAGAGUUGGGUUCCAACCGUGAUCCAGAGGUUAUAAAAACUGUUCUUUCUAACAUGCAAAGACUACUGAACAUUCCUAUUCAUGGGAUUAGAGCAGUUGGGACUGCAGCCGUAAACAUGUGCUUGGUGGCAACCGGAGGAGCAGAUGCCUACUACGAGAUGGGCAUUCAUUGCUGGGAUAUGGCAGGGGCUGGGAUUAUCAUUAUGGAAGCGGGCGGAGUGCUGCUAGAUGUCUCAGGGGCACCAUUUGAUUUGAUGUCAAGAAGAAUAAUUGCAGCAAAUAGCCAAGUACUAGCAGAGCGGAUAGCAAAAGAGAUUCAGAUCAUUCCCUACCAAAGGGAUGAUGAAACAAAUUAAAUGUUAUAAUUGCACCAUCUCUGUUAUGGACAAUUCCUAUCAGCUGGUCUGUAUAUUUAAAAAGAGCUUUUAAUGUGAAAUGCACCCUUUGUGCUAGGGCACGUGAUAUAGAUAUGUUGCUGAAUUCUGACAUUUCAAAGCUUGAUGCUUCAGUCCCUCCCAAAGUUCCUAGAAAUGUGUUCUGUCUUCUGCUAACAGCACACAAGUAUUUUUUAAAAUAAUGUUUCAUUACCUUGUUUAUGUCUCUUACAGGAAGACAUAUGGGGUGUGGUGGUGGGAUUUUUGCUUCAAACAUCUUGGGCCCAGAGACUCAUUCUGUAAUCUGAGGACCAAACUAGAUGUUACCUUUGCAAAUAAGUGGCCUCAAACUCAUGUUUGUCAAUACAGCCAGCAGGUGGAGCAGAUGCAUAACUCCUGAACAGCCAGUUUCUCCUGCACAAUUUUUUUGGACUCUCUCUUCAGCCAAACACAUUUUCUGAUACAAAGCUGGAUGCGAGCAGAAUUUGCUGGGGAGAAUCAGCAAGCACAUAUCUGCCUGCCAAGUCUUCCCUGCAAAGUUAGCCUUAUGAUGGAAAAAAAACUGCCCUGUUGUUUCCCUUGUAGUGUCCAGUUUGGCCACAAAACUUCUGCAUUUGCCAACUUCUGUAUUUUUCGCCUCGUGAUGUAUUUCAUAUCAACCUUAUUGUUGAUACUGGCAUGAUCAGUAUCAUCUUUGAUAUGCUGAGCACAGGAUGUCAGAGUUGAAGUCAGGAUCCAGUUAACCAUUUUGAAAACACCGUGUGUGAAAUGGUGGCGCAAAAGCAUGUGCUUAAAUCUCGUCAGCUGAAAUCUAUGGUACUUAAAAAAUGUUUAGCUUUGGCUUUAUUAUUCCGCAGCUUUUCACAGAAUUGUGGUUUUUCCUUUCUCCUUCACAAUAACUGUUAAAAGGUGUUUUAAAAGGGGGAAUUAUUACAUAGAUUCCAAAAACAAAAAUAAAAUAAGACAGGCAUGCCCUCUUUCGAAUACCUAAUUAUUAAACCAGUGUAAAAAUAUUUGGCCAAAAAUCAUGGAACAGUUAUUGUCAAUAUGAGAGUAAACAUUUGGCUGAGUUUUACACUGAACAUUCUUCACAGGAAACUUUUUAUAGCCUUAUUUUGAGAAGUUUAUUUCCAGUUCCAGAUAUUUAUUUCUUGGUUUAUUUUGGAAGUCAGUGUUCGGUCAGCUGAAGUGGAGUAAGUAAGUAAACAAUAGCUCCUUCAGAGGCAGCAGAAAGUCUUGUGAUGCAUGAAACUUAUGAAUCAAUAGGGCAUAAGCUUGUGUAGGUCAUUUGCAGAAAGUAGGCUAUGGCCCAGAAAAGCUUCUCCUCUAAUGUAUUUGUUGGUCUUUAAGAUGACAUAAUACUUUUUGUUACAUUUUCUGAUUAACACUCAUUCAGGGAUUUAUCCGUUAAGCUGCAUGUGUCAGUCUUACGUACUAUAAAAUAUCUGACGUUUGCCAUCUGUUAGAAAGAAAAGUUAGAAACUGUAAAGAAGCAUUGGGAGGUGUAAGGAAGGUAGCCUUGUGGUGUCUAGAAAUAGUGACUUGAAUCAUAAAUUAAAGCUUGUACCUGCAACAGCUGGAA